AUGUUUUUAGUGAUCGUGGACGCUCAUUCUAAAUGGCCAGAGGUGAUUAUCAUGCACUCUAAUACAACGACACCCAAAACAAUUGAAGCUCUACGAACAGUGUUUGCUCGGAACGGGAUACCACAACAACUCGUCAGUGACAACGGUCCGCAGUUUACUGCAAGAGAAUUCCAGCUGUUUUUAAAGAAAAACGGAGUUAAGCACAUAACAUCUGCACCAUAUCAUCCAGCAACGAAUGGAUUAGCAGAAAGAUUCAUUCAAACUUUAAAACAAUCGCUGACGUCAAUGAAGGAAGAACCAGGCUCCACACAGACUAAGCUAUCUAAAUUCCUAAUGAAAUACAGAAAUACGCCACAUAGUACUACCGGUGAGACACCAGCAUCUCUCUUCAUGGGACGAAACUUACGCACGCGUUUAGACUUGAUCAAACCAGACAUUAGAAAACACGUCAUAGAUAAACAAGUCAGUCAAGCCAAACCUAAAGGUGCUAUCGCCAGUAAUGCACGUCAACUUUUCAUUGGACAAGCAGUGAGUGUCAGAAAUUACCGCGGGAAGGAAAAGUGGAUCCAAGGAAUUGUACGUGCUCUAACUGGACCGGUGUCUUAUCAAGUAGAGGUCGCACCAAAUGUUAUCUGGAGGAGACAUAUCGAUCAGUUACGUGCUUCAGAGAACAGAAACAAGACCCAAGAGAUGGAAUCUGCAGUUGCUAGUGAUGCUGUGAGAGGGGAAAAUGAAAACGAGGUGGAAGAUGAAAUAGCAUUGGACGUACAAGAGCAAGGAGAUCCUCCUGAACCAAACCAAGAAGCGGAUGAGGUAGAACCACAGGAACAACGUUAUCUUCUCAGACUUCGGCAAGAACCGGUUAGACUAGGAUUUGAUAGUUAG